UCACAGAGACACAGAGAGAGAGAGAUGGGCGCGGACGAAAGGGUCAGAAAAAUCGUCGGAGAUGGGAUUUCGUUGAAACUAAUCUCGAACGAACAGAUCCUCGAGGUGACAGGCGACGGAUGCAACGUCGUCGUGUCGAAGAACCGAGGGAUGGUGAGAAUCAUCGGUGAUGGGUGUCGGCUCAGAAUCGAUCAAAACAUAGGCGACGUCGAGUACACCGGAGAUGGUGGACGGGUCGUUCUGGGUGUGAGAUCGAUCAAGGGCAAAAUGAAGUACGUCGGCGACGGAGGACGUGUCAGGUUCGACGGUGGCCCGAGGGAAGUCUCGAAGAAGAGGACCAGAGAAGAAAAAGAGGCGAGCGGAGACGUCAGCGUCGAGGACAGGUCCAGAGAGAGGACCCAAGAAGAAGCGGAGAACGCGUCGAACGGAAAGAGAGAAGAGAGGACGAACGAUUCGAUUAAAUCGGAGAAGAGAGGAGGAACGAGGACCACCGUCGAGUACGACGAGAAGAUCGUGAAGAGGUGCUACGCGAAUCCCGGGCUCGUGGUCAGGACUGUGAACGGUGAUCGUUUCGUGAAAAUCGUGCCGAGCCAAUGUAAAACGAAGGUGAAAGUUGGCGGGUGAAGUUUUAUUCACAUUUCGGUCGGAACGAAUGCUCCACGGGGGAACGGUGCACGGGGGAACGGUGCACGACCGUCGGGUGAGCUGGUCGUGGCGAAUCAUUGGCGAACGUUCGAUAUUCGCGAUCUCGUCGGAUGGUACGAGGGGCACGCGAGGGGCAGUCGUUGGAACAUCUGUCGGGAGGUCGCGAGGUUUCUCUGCUAGAAAUGGGUCGCGGCGUACCAGUGAAAUUACACAAAUCCCACGCGAGUAACUUUCGAUCGACGUCGGAAGGGAAUAGAAAUACAAAUAGUCGCGGAACGGGCGAUCCGACGAGAGUGGUGGCAACACGGUUCACAAUUUUAACGGCGUUCUACUACUCUGCCAGUUCACCAACGCGUAGACAGCGAAUUUUAUGUAUUUACUUACUACGACUGUGUAGAGACAAAAGUAUCGAAUAAAGCGAUUACACCGAUAAAACCGUGACGUGUUUAUCGAGACACCGGACGGAUCACGUUUAGAAAAUAUUUUUCAGGAGAAACCCGACCACCGACGACGAGACACACCUGACGAGCCGUCGUUAAUCUUAUCGUUCGAUCAGAUUAAUCGUCGGUGACACGUCGGUAAGUGGUCGUGAUGCAGCCUAGGAUCGCGACGAUAAACUUUUGGCAAAUCCGCAAAUUUAAUUAUUACGCACCGCGGCAUUUAAUACAUCGUAACUCGAUCGAUACAAGUAAGUAUUGGUCGUAGUCACUGUACCGGAUGGCCGAACCGUCUCUUGGACGACAAAAAGAGCGUUCGAACGGAACAAAAGCGGAGGGCGGAGCGGUAUCGCCGCUCGAUCGCCGCUCGAUCGCCGCGUAUGCAAUUAACAAAACAUACGGGGAAGGAAAAGAGUGGUCGCCAAAGUUCCAUACCCCGACUCAGCGAAACGUGUAUCCGUUGUUAACGAGGCCACGUGCGCCUUCGCGCACGGUCGGAUGCCGUUCCUACUCGGCCAUUCUACUACACGUACACGAUCGUCAUCGAUAAAGUUCGAGCAGAGACAACAGAGAACACGAUGGCCACUGAAUUCCUCUCUUUUCCGAGAUAACGUGCACGCGUCACCCUUGACGCGUGAAAUCCGUCGACUCGCCCAACUGAAUCAGACGUUUUGACGGUGAUCCACGUAAUUACAGAGUCGAUAGUUUUAACGCGAGUCGUCGUGACGCUGCGAUCCUCGUCAGACGGCAGCGAAGCUGCCCGCAAUGCAGGCGAAACGGUGUUCCGAUAACGUUGGACGCACUACUCACCCCCGUUCGUGAAAAUCUGUUCGACAUCGACCAAGAUACAUCGGGGCCACGGUUCGAUUUUCGUCGUGUCUACGUCGUGUUAAAGUCGUUUCUCGCCCGCGGUGAAACGAGAUUCCCCAGGUGGUAAAAGGGCUGUGAAAUUAGACCGUGAUUCAGAUAAACGUGAAAACUCACGAGUAUCGCGGCGUCGCAUUUAGAUCCACGUUCUAGCCAGAAGCACGAGCCGAUGCGUUCUAAAAGGGAGGAAAAGGAGCGGAGUCUCGAUUCGUAAGCUCGGAAACGCGACGGACCCUCUUUCCACGGCGUGUUACUCUCGUGCACCCUCCAUUUCACGGACAGAUUUUUCAGGGACGUUCGCGGCCAGAAUCGAACAUCGUGGGGGAAACCUUUUAUGCAAUUUCGUGCCGCGACCCGUACAAAGACGAAACCAAAUAAGGUAGCUACGUAUCGCGCGUAACGCGAAAACCGGCCGACGUUUCUUUCCCUGUAACAAUAAUCGUCCAACACUUCGGUCGAUGAUUAUUGUUCAUAUUUUCUCAGACGAACGACGCGACGCUCCUCUACGAAAUUAACGCAACGUGAAAUUUGCAUGGGCUCGCGUGAAAGUACUCGGUCGAUUCGACCAGCAAAAUCGAAUUCUUCGCCCGUGUGAAUCAUUCUUCUAAUUUCGACUACGACAGGGUGGCUCGAGACCGUCGAGGCACGAUGAUAAUUUCGAUGACACGAUGUACGCGAGAAAUCAUACGACGGUGUGAGUCGAUUUAUAAAUAGGUAACAGGAU